CGGACACAAAUAAACGCUGGUUGUGAAGGUCAAACUUAUAUAUAACGGUCGAAAAAUUUUUUCACCAAAAUUUUUUCACUCCCCCUCAGCCAUUACACUUUGCCUAACACGCCAGAGCAGCUUACCAGGGAAUGGAUCGCGAAAUGUGAGAAAGACACGAAAAUUUAUUGCGCAAGCAGCGUUGGGGACAUGCAGAAGUCGCUGGAGAGCAGCUCAUCGGUGGACUACGUCGCCGUGAAGCCUCGCGGCCUUGUGGAGUCGCAGGUCGUCGACAUGUUCAACCAGUACCAAAGAGACUUAAAGAAGCGCGAGAUCAUGGACCAUAUUCACAAUAUAAAGUCCAAGGCGCAGGGCGCGUGCUUCGACGAGUUUAUACAAUCCGUCAUCGCAAACCUACAGAGCCCCAGCUACGUGCAACUGGUGAUGGGCUGCUCGACCUUCACGGCCUUCGCGGAGAUCCUGUCGACAGUGCACAAGGAGAAGCGCGACGCCAUUAUGAUCGCGUGCAAGGGCUUCUGCGAGAAGUACAAACUGGAGCUGAAGUUCUGGGAGCAGGCGAGCGCCGUCGAGCAGCUGAACGGUGACCGGAACGCGGUCGCGCACUGCGACAUCGCCGUUAGCGCCGAUGCCAUCAUCCAGGCGGCAAAAGUGGGCCAGUUGCCGGAGGUGGAGGAGGCGUGGGCCAUGCUGGGCGCCCUGGCCAACUACGGCAAGAUGAACAAGGUGGCCCUGGAGGACGCGUCACGCAAGGAGCGCCAGAAGCGGGUGUUGUUAUCUGAGCAGUACCGGCAGCGGCUCACGCAAGCGUAAGGGCGCGGGAAAUGUGGUCCUGGCGGCAUGGCACUGCUCCUGUUGGAAGCUGGCAUCCUGUACUCGUUUAAGUGGAUCUCUGUACGCUGGGUGCGGUGCGUUGUUUCCUCGACGUGAAAGGCGCGGUAGGGUGGAGUCUUUCGUGCUGUUGUGUAUCUAAUCGGAGUACAUGUCACCGUGCGCAUGGCGGUGGAUGGAGCGCUUUCUGCGGACAUGGCUUCAGGGGGUAACGCCGAACCCCUCCGUUCGCGCAAGGAGAUUUCAGGGAACCUGUCGUUGUGUUCGUCCCCUGCUUGUACAAGCAUUUUCAGUCCCAGUCCCAAGUCUCUGCUGCCACGACAUACUGCUGAUUUGACACAGUCCGUGGCUUGACGUCAAAUACCUUGCUGUGUAUGAUGGAUCCGUGCUGUAAUUUAGGGCUUUUUGUUUCUAAGCGUGACAAUGCCCGCUCGAAAACAAUGAUAAUAGUAUACCCGGCCGUGCACCGGGGCGUGUGUCAAGGGAGCAGGAGAUGAUGGGGUUGUGGGUUUCCGUUUUCCUGCUUUUUAUAAUAAAUAAUUUCAUGUGGAAUUAUGUGACGCCCUCAUAGUGGGUGCGGGGCCAGCCGGCCUGAUUAAGCGGUGAGUCUUGCCAGGUACUGCUGGCAAGGUCCUUAGCAGUCGACGGUGGUACA